AUGCAGAACAAGAAGAUGAACGUCGAAGUGCGCACAGAGCGUGCGCAUAAGACAAUGGCGAUGUUAGAGGAGCGGUACCGCAACUCAGACAAGGAACCCAUACACUUCCAACUCCUCAAAGUUCAAAGAUACCAAGCACUUAUGUACUACGGACAACAAGCACAGGUGGAUGCUCUCAUCAAGGCAGACAAACAACCUGAUGGGAGCAAGCAUAAGAGCGGCAUCCAAGGUGCAAGGAGACCGAAUGCUACUAUGACUGAGGCAAGCAUAAGAGCGGCAUCCAAGGUGCAAGGAGACCGAAUGCUAAGGGAACAGUUGAGAGUGCAGAACAAGCGUCAAAACACCCAGACAAUUAACCAUGUUGAGAGGGGCACUACAGCUACUAACAAACGGCAUAAACCGGCCAACGGUCCAUUCAAUCAAACCAAACCAACAGGACAAGCCCAGGAAAAGAAAGGGUCGCGUGAAGAGCGUCCAUGUCCCUAUUGUAAGGUGAUGCCAGCCUCACAUCGGUUCAGUCUAUGUCCCAACAAGGCUUCGAAUCAGGUCAAGCAGGCUGAAGAACGGGUCAAGAAGGAUGUGCAAAUAGCAAGACUGUCCAUUACCACUGGCAAGGUAAAGACAUUACGGAGGGUGAUGAACACUGAAACAACUGGUGGGCGGAAGCAAACAUGA